AUGUAUUAUUUCUGAUAAGUUAAAACAUAUAUCAUUUUAAUUUUUACAUACUUUUCGUGCAAUUGAGUGUUAGAUAACCACCGAACGAGAUGAUCAAUAUUACACAAUGGCUAACAAGUUAUUCCUCUUCCGUUUACGACAAAGUGUACCAUAUAUGUGUACCCGUGGAAUGGCUUUGCCUGGUCCAGUAUUCCCAGAUAAAAUUGGUAAUCGGGAUAUAGUAGGCAAUGGAUACAAUGGGGAACCUACCUACUUAGAUCGAGUUGAUUUUCCUAUGCCUGCUAUUCGAUUCAAAGCAAAUACCCCAGAUGUCAUGGCAUUAAGAGAGAAAGAAAAGGGUGAUUGGAAAAAAUUAUCAAUAGAAGAGAAGAAAGCAUUAUAUCGUGCCAGUUAUCGUCAAACAUUUAGUGAAUUCCUAGCCCCAUCAGGUGAUUGGAAAGCAUGUCUUGGAUAUACAUUAAUGGGAUGUGCCUUCAGUAUUUGGUUGUUCAUGUUCCUUAAAACAUAUGCAUACCCACCAUUACCAGAAUCAUUUAGCGAAGAAAGUAGACUUGCACAACUGGAACGUAUGCAAAUACUUGAAGUCAAUCCUAUAACUGGAAUUAGUUCUAAAAAAUAAAUUAUCUUGGUAUAAAAAUAUAGUAAAGAAAAAAUACAGUUUAUUGUACAGUAACAGUUACAAAAAUGUUCUGUAUAUGCUUAGUGAAACAAAAUUUUAAUAAAUUAUUACUACCAAAUUAAAGGGAUUUUGAAGUAUAACACCUGUGUUCUAAAUAAAUUAGAAAUAGAACAUAAGCAAUAUAUAUUGUACAUUCUAUACCAAAUAUUAAACAUUUAUCAUUUUUAUUAUUUCUUAA